AAGCCUAAACUUUUUCUAAUUCAAGAUGUUAACCACGGGGUUUUCAAAAACAGAAAUUAGCUGCAUAGCUUGGUGUACGAACUUAUAUAUCAACAAUGUUUAUACGUUAACCAAGGUUCCAACAUGGUAUUCACUAACAUCCACUGCGUUAAUUCGAACGGUAUUUGCGCUACGGCAGGUUUCGCCACGGAUAGUUACGAAGAAAACACCACCAAGAACAUCAGUUUCCAUAAUUGCCUCAUGGAAGGCGGGCUUACGGGUGUACAAAUUAUCGCCAUGGCUAAUGGAGGGCCUGGUGAAAUUAGCGACAUCUCUUUCCAAAAUGUUAAACUCGUAGGGGUUCGUCAACAAGGUAUAUUCGUCGAAAUGGAUUAUGGUAACGCGGGUCACCUCAAUAACAACAUAGAAGUGAAAAAUUUGAAAAUGUCUCAGAUUUAUGGUACAGUAGCAGAUGGGGCUAGACAAAUUUACAUUAAAUGCGGAGCGAAAUGUCACGACUGGACCUUUUCCAACAUCAAUUUAACCGGCGGCGGUACCCCGAAUUCUUGUAACUACGUUCCUGCUGGAUUUUCGUGUUAAAUUUGAUUUUUUCAAUCAAUAAAAACGAAAUUUCAUUAUACAAAA